GCGCACUCUCAGUUUACGGAAGCAAGAACAUCUACAUACGUCGCCAUUCCCUACAAUACAGGCCUGGGAUAGAGACUACUACUGCCCUCCCGAGCCGCCAGCUCCACCUGUUUCACUUCCCCCACUUACCUUAGGUACAGUCUUCAUGGGACUAUCACGCCUAUUCCGUAAUCUCUACGGCAUUACCCUUCGCCUUACUAAAGUCACACCCGGCGAGGUGUGGCAUCCCGACGUUCGGAAGCUGGAAGUCGUAGACGAGAAGUCCGGAGUCAUAGGAUGGAUCUAUGCCGAUCUUUUCGCGCGACAAGGCAAGCCAAGCGGCGCGGCACACUACACCGUCCGUUGCUCACGACGAACGGACGACGACGACGCGCACCACGACCUCGACGACGCUUGGGACGAGGGCGCCCUAAGGGCGAUUCAGCUAUCUGACAAGUUCGAGAACGCUCACCGAGCUAAGAUACCGGGCUCCGAGGGUGUCUUCCAGCUGCCUGUUGUGGUAUUGCUGUGCGAAUUCACUCGGCCAUCCGUCCGCAAAGGUCCGACUAUCCUUGCGUGGCACGAAGUCCUCACCCUUUUUCAUGAAAUGGGACACGCGAUGCAUUGUGAGUUCUCCGACCAAUGAUGACGUA